AUGAAAUUGAAAUUGCUGGUAUAUUACAUGUGCAAUACGGGGAUCUGCAGUGUUACAUUGUAUCUAUCAUACUAUAUCAAAAUGGCCACAGUGGUACAGAACCCCCUGAAAUCGCAAUCUGGAGGAACAGUCAUUAAGAACAGUCUGGGCGAGGAGUUCUACAGAGAGGCCAUCGAGCACUGCCGCAGCUACAAUGCCCGCCUGUGUGCUGAGCGCUCCAUGCGCCUGCCCUUCCUGGACUCCCAGACCGGCGUGGCACAGAGCAACUGCUACAUCUGGAUGGAGAAGAACCACCGCGGCCCAGGUUUGGCCCCAGGACAGUUGUAUACUUACCCUGCCCGCUGCUGGCGCAAGAAGAGACGGCUAAACAUUCUGGAGGACCCGCGCCUAGGACCCAUCGAGUUUAAGAUCGACUACGAAGCGUCUCUGAAGAAAGAGGGGGGCUUGCCAGAGGGGCCGGUGUUGGAAUCACUGCUCAGUGGAGAGACUCUGGACAAGAAGGUGGAGACCAAGGAAGAGGAACCUAUGAGCGAGUGCCAGAAGCUGCUGGUCGGUGAUUUCCCCCAUGAACUGGAAGCGGAGGAGAUGGAAGAGGAUGUCCCCAAACGCAAGAACCGCAAGAACCGCGAAGGACGGGCCUGUGGUGUAGGGGGUAUGAAGAAGAGACAAGAACUCAGCUCCAUUGAGGACAGGGACAAGCCGUACGUCUGUGACAUCUGUGGGAAGCGCUAUAAAAACCGUCCGGGCCUGAGCUACCACUACACUCACACACACCUAGCGGACGAGGAGGGAGAGGAGGACUCUGAGCGACACACCCUGCCCUUCCAGCGCAAGAACAACCACAAGCCUAAGAAAGCUGCAGACGGGUCGGUCAUCCCUAACGGCUACUGUGACUUCUGCCUGGGCGGCUCCAAGAAGACCGGCUGUCCCGAGGACCUCAUCUCCUGUGCCGACUGUGGACGCUCAGGUCACCCGUCCUGCCUGCAGUUCACAGUCAACAUGACGGCAGCAGUACGGACCUACCGCUGGCAGUGUAUCGAGUGCAAGUCCUGCAGCUUGUGUGGCACCUCCGAGAAUGACGAUCAGUUACUAUUCUGUGAUGAUUGUGACAGAGGCUACCAUAUGUACUGCCUGAGCCCCCCUAUGGCGGAGCCCCCAGAGGGGAGCUGGAGUUGCCAUCUGUGUCUGCGGCAGCUUAAAGAGAAGGCCUCGGCCUACAUCACCCUGACCUAA